AUCGACAGAUGCUUUUUUCUUGUCCUGCGAAAUACACUCGACUGUGAUCACACACCCAAGGCUCAAGGCUUUUCUCCUCAAGUCAACUUCCAUUGAGGCCGCCUUCAAAAGACGAAAAAAAUACAAAAUCGUAACAGGAAAACUUCAACAUGGAUGUGUCUGACAAUAGCAAUGAUGCCACCUAUGGGAGAUCAACCUUUGAGGAGCAGCAUAAUAGGAUGCUCAGGAAAAAGUUUGACCGCUUUGACUCAACUACUAAAUUUAUGGAAAAUUUUAAUCCUGAGCAAAGUAAUCGUGAAAGGCGAAAACUGAACAGAAAGAUCCAGUAUGACGGGAGACGCAAUGUUGUAUACAAUGACAGGGGUAUUCACAUUGAGUCAGGCAAGGAUCUAUGUGAUUGCCUCGAUUCUUCUUGCCCUGGUUGUCAUUUUCCAUGCCCUAGCCCUAAAUGUCGUUCACCUAAAUGUGGCCAUGAGUGUCGGCAGAAUCGCAAGUGGAUGUAUGAUCUAAUAGAAAUUGAAGGUACAAAAGAAGUGGUCAAGAACAAGUAUGCAAAGUAAAUCGACACCUCCAAUGUAUGUUAAAAGGGCAUGAUGUCUGUGAUUUAAUAAUAUUGCCUUAUUAGAAAUUCAUUAUAUUUCUUAGCUGUAAGUGUUUCAUAUGUGUCUUUGAGUACUCUGUUACCUUGUUCAAUACUUUGCUACCUAAUUUAUUAUUUAUUUCUGAACAAAUUGUACAAAACACGUUUUUUGUGGAGGGUUUUUUGUAACAAAUAUUGUACAAUUAAAGUUUUACCUUUAGAUUUUAA